CGACGCAAGGGAAAGAAGUCUCACGCGAAGAACACCCCGCGCCACGACGUCUCACCUCCACUCGACAGAGUCCUGACAACCACAACCCUCACACUGCCCUUCGGAAGCACAACUCCAAACCGAAAUGUUCUCUGUCCAGGCCCGCCGCCGCGUCGCUACCGCCCUGUUCCAGACAAGGUCCUUCACAACGACGACUCCUACCGCCUUCCUUCGUCCCGACUACCAAAAAGUCGUCCUCCUCGGCAGCGUCGGCGAAGACGCCAAGCGGAUGACCUUCAAAAACGGCGGCUGCAUAUGGAAAUUCCCCCUGGUCACCAAAGAGCGGAAGAAAGAUAAAGAGACGGGUGGAUGGAAGACGGUUAAUCUGUGGCAUCAGAUUUCGUUUAAUGGAGAGGAGCUGCCGAAGGAUUUUGAAAAGGGAGCCUAUGUAAUCGUUGAAGGGAAGCUGCACUACUACAAGCGGAAAGGCGACGGCCCGACCGUUGCGCAGAUCAAAGUGUCACAGGAGGGGCUCAAUGUGACACGGCGGGCGGAUGAGGAGUUCGGUCCAAGUCAGCAGGAACAGGAAGAUGGUGGGGAGGGAGAGCAUCAGGCAGAGGAGAAUGGGAAUCAACAGGAAGGUGGGGAGGGAGGCCAGGCGUAUGGGAGGUAGAAGCUUUUGGUACAGUAUUUGAUCUCGACCCAUACGGCGUGUUAGGGCGGAUGUAGACAGUCUCGCGGGAACAGCGUCUGCUGUAUAUAAGGAUUCACGAAAUUGAGGACAAAGGCCACACUGUACAUACUUGUCGUGAUAGGAGCAGUGAAUGAAAUGAGGGUAAUGCGGCCAUUGCAACGCAUCGAUAAGAAUCAGAG